GCCGCCCGCACUACCGCUCCCGGCCGGCCCCGGCCCCGGCCCCGGCCCCGCCGCCGCCCGCACUACCGCUCCCGGCCGGCCCCGGCCCCGGCCCCGGCCCCGGCCCCGGCCCCGGCCCCGGCCCCGGCCCCGCCGCCGCCCGCACUACCGCUCCCGGCCGGCCCCGCCCUUCCCGUGGCGCUCCGCGCGCCCGCCGAGUUGCCGCCUGCUGCCGAAGUUUUCCCCGGCGCCGCGGCAUGGCGGGCGCCGCCCACUGCUCGCUGCGGCCCAAGCGCCUGCUCCUGGACCCCAAGUUCGAGGGCUACAAGCUGUCCCUGGAGCCGCUGGCCUGCUACCAGCUGGGGCUCGACGCGGCUGUAGCAGAAGUGAAACUUCGUGAUGAUCAAUAUACCCUUGACCACAUGCGUGCUUUUGGCAUGUAUAAUUAUCUUCACCUUGAUUCCUGGUACCAGGAUAAUGUCUACUAUGUUGAUCAGUGUGGAAGGGUUAUGAAUCUGUCUGUGACUCUGGACACUGCUCUACAAAAACCAAGAGAAGUUUUCAGGCUACCUACAGACUUGACAGCUUAUGAUAAUCGCCUUUGUGCCUCAAUACACUUCUCAUCUUCCACAUGGGUUACCCUUUCUGAUGGUACAGGAAGACUGUAUUUAAUUAAAUCAGGCAAGCGUGGAAACGGUGCAUCUGAAAAGUGGGAGAUUGUGUUUAAUGAAGAACUAGGAAGUCCGUUUAUUAUAGUACACAGUGUUUCAUUUGUAAAAUCUGAUAUGCAUUCAGUAGCUGUGCUGCUGCUUAGGGUGGAAAAAGAUGAACUGGACACAAAAGGAAGUGGAUUUCAUAUUACCUUGGAAUGGAUUACAAUUGCAGAGAUAAGCAAAGAGGGUGAUCAUAGGUAUGAAACCUUUAAAAGGAGGGUUUUACAAGGAAAAUCAGUACCCCACUAUGCAGCAAUAGAGCCGAGUGGGGAUGGUCUAAUGAUUAUUUCCUACAAACCAUUCAAAUUUAUGCAAGAUGAAGAUGACAAAUUAGAAGAAAAUGAUGAUGCAAAAGCAACAAAUGAAAAGACAGACCCUCUCUAUUACUGGCAGCAGACUGAAGAUGAUGUAACAAUAACAGUUCACAUUCCUCAAGACGUCACUAAAGAUGACAUAAAAGUACGCUUUUCCCCUGAUAACAUAUGUGUUACACUGAAAGACCAGCCUCCUGUGAUGGAAGGAAAACUCUAUUCAUCUGUGGACCAUGAAAGCUGCACAUGGAUAAUUAGAGAGAACAAAAGUUUGGAAAUCUCUCUAAUUAAGAAAAAUGAGGGACCCCAGUGGCCAGAGCUAAUAGUUGGUGACACAAGAGGGGAAUUCAUUAUGGACUCUUCCCAGUGCUCUGAAAUAACUGAAAGCCUGAUGCAUCUUACAUCUGAAGUAAUGAAUCCAAACCCUGAAAAGGAAAACCCACCUUGUAAUGCUCAAGAAUUAGAAGAAUGUGAUGCAUUUCUUGAAGAUAGCACAAGCUUGUGCAGAUUUGAUGGUGAUACCUUGAAAGUCACUCAUGUAAUUAAUCUUGGAAGCAACCAGUAUCUUUUCUCAGUUGUUGUGGAUCCCAGAGAAAUGCCAUGCUUCUGCCUGAGGCAUGAUGUCGAUGCUCUUCUCUGGCAGCCCCGCUCUGACCAACCAGAGAACAUGUGGGAACACAUUGCAACUUUUAAUGCUUUAGGUUAUGUCCAAGCAUCAAAGCAAGACAAGAAGUUCAUGGCUUGUGCUCCAGAUUACUCCUAUGCUGCUCUUUGUGAGUGCUUGCGACGAGUUUUCAUCUAUCGUCAGCCGACUCCUCUGUCCACAGUUCUCUACAACAGGAAGGAAGGAAGACAAGUAGGACAGGUUGCUAAGCAGCUAGUAGCAACCCUGGAAGCCAAUGAUCCUAUCAUAGGCUUUCAAGCUACAAAUGAGAGAUUAUUUGUUCUCACAACAAAAACCUUGUUUUUAAUAAAGGUGAACUCUGGAAAUUAAUUAUUCAGUAUUUUCUGCUGUAGUUUGUGUAAAUGAUUUGUUAAAGAAUUGGCUAGGUAAAUGAUCCAAGAAGUUCAGUACAACUUGCUUAAGUUUAAAAAGGAGAUACUUUACAGGGGGAUCAAAUUUUUUCAUUAGAAAUCAUCUGUAAGAUAGUGAGAUGGUUUUUUAACUUUGCUGUCACUGAAGUAAGCUUUUCCAGAGCUAUGGGAAAAUGUCUUCUCUGCUAACAGCUUUCUCAAAGCAAUGGUCAGAGGCUGUUAUUGCAGAGAUGAAUAUAUUUAUGCGUUGUUUUCUCCAAACGACUGUUUGCCAUACUUCUGAGUUUUGAGAAUUCACUUGUUUUUAAAUGCUACUGUUUACCUAUGAAAGAAGCAAAGAAAAUAAAGCCUUGAGUUACAAGCA